AUGCAGAUGGGGAUUAAGGGGCCAGUUCUCAGGCCCAUCAGAGGAGAGACCACGGAUCCAUUUAUUCCCUCCCUCCUGGGCCAGCAUGUUGGGUGGUGCUGCCCUCUGUUCUUAUCUGUACCCACUUCCCGUCACCUGAUUGCAGCAAUUGUUUCUUCCCUCAACAGAGUUCAGCAAGUUCAGACUCCACUGCUGACCAGCCUGAACUGUGCAUUUCCCAGGUCCCUCCCCAGCCUCUGCUGCACUAGCCCUCAUCUUUCCUCCCCCCCCCCGGGCACUGCUGGCUCUGAACCCAGACCUCAGGCUCAGGGGUCCCUCCCCUUUCCCUUCAGCCUCCGCAGCACUCGACUCUCCUCUGCUAGUUGA